UUCAAGGCGGUGCCUGCCAGGGUCUGUGGCAGCAGUGAGCAGUGGAGAGAGCUCUGUCUGACAGCAGCACCCACUACAGAAAUGGCGGAGGGGGAGUUGGACGUCGACUCGCUGAUCGCCCGGCUAUUAGAGGUGCGGGGAUGUCGCCCUGGGAAGAUCGUGCAGAUGUCAGAGGCUGAGGUGAGGGGCCUCUGCAUUAAGUCCAGAGAGAUCUUCCUCAGCCAGCCCAUCCUGCUGGAACUGGAGGCUCCACUCAAAAUCUGUGGUGACAUCCACGGCCAGUACACAGACCUGCUGCGGCUCUUUGAGUACGGGGGCUUCCCACCAGAGGCCAACUACCUGUUCCUGGGGGACUACGUGGACCGAGGGAAGCAGUCCCUGGAAACCAUCUGUCUACUGCUGGCCUACAAGAUCAAAUACCCCGAGAACUUCUUCCUCCUCAGGGGCAACCACGAGUGUGCCUCCAUCAACCGCAUCUAUGGCUUCUAUGAUGAGUGUAAGCGCAGAUUCAACAUAAAGCUGUGGAAGACAUUUACUGACUGCUUCAACUGCCUUCCCAUCGCUGCCAUCGUGGACGAGAAGAUCUUCUGUUGCCAUGGAGGCCUCUCUCCAGACCUGCAGUCUAUGGAGCAGAUCCGUCGCAUCAUGAGACCCACAGAUGUCCCUGACACGGGGUUGCUGUGCGACCUGCUGUGGUCGGACCCAGACAAAGACGUUCAGGGUUGGGGGGAGAACGACCGUGGGGUCUCGUUCACGUUUGGGGCUGAUGUGGUCAGCAAGUUCCUCAACCGCCACGAUCUGGACCUCAUCUGCAGAGCCCACCAGGUGGUGGAGGAUGGCUAUGAGUUCUUUGCCAAGCGGCAGCUGGUGACUCUGUUCUCAGCUCCUAAUUACUGUGGAGAGUUUGACAAUGCCGGCGGCAUGAUGAGUGUUGACGAGACCCUAAUGUGCUCCUUCCAGAUCCUGAAGCCGUCUGAGAAGAAGGCCAAGUACCAGUACGGAGGGAUGAACUCCGGCCGACCCGUCACCCCGCCCCGCACAGCCGUCCCACCAAAGAAACGGUGAACGAGGGAACGUGGAAGAGAGAGAGAGGAGGGAGAUGGCGGGACGUCGUGGAUGAGUGACGGUCCCUCAUCAGCUUUCCACAAGAGAAACACAUCAGAGCAAGAAGUAGAUAAAACCCAAAGCAAACUUUUUGUUUUAAUUCCCCCCUCUCUGAACUGUUCUGUCGCGCACCACUCUCCUGCCAAAGGCUUUUUUAGCAUCUGUGUAACCAACCACACCCGUUUUUUAAAAGUAGUGUUAAAAUGAAACAAUAAGAACACAAGGUGGUCAUUCUGUUUGCAUAGCAGAGUGUUUUUUUCUUCUUGCUUUUUCGGCUUAUGACAGAAUGACAGGCUACUAGCUCCAGUUGACCAUUUCACUCCUCCCCACCUGUCCAGUAAGAACAUGUGUUAAUGACGACUGCUGGGUUUUCAAUAAAUAAAAUGGUGAAUAAACCUUU